AUGCCGACACGAGAGGAGCCCGCGCUGGUUGACGAAUCCGAGGUUGGACUUGACCGAGCCAAGAUUACCAAGUCUGCACAGAUUCAACUAUCGGACUCGCACAACACGAAGGAUCAAAGCGCAGAUUCCCAGGACGAGUCAGAUAGUCCGCAGCCGUCGUCUCAGAACGUUGUCGAUGCGAUCAAGCAGAAGAAGCACAGAGCUGGCCUCAAGAUCAGGAAAACCCUCCACAUUGGGAGAGCUUCAGACGACUUUGAACUCACCACAACAGCAAUCGCAGGAGGAAACAAAGACGCUUCAGAAUCCCGGUAUGUGACCGAUCCGCCGGUGCCAGACAAGACUACUAUCAAGGACUUCGUCCACAACCCUAUCGACGCAAUCAGAUCCAAAAUAUCUGAGAACAGCAAUCAGCAGGUUGCAGCACAUAUUACGGCGAAAGAGAUCCCUCACGGCAACGACGUUGACCUCAUUCACGCUUCGGAGGCAGUUGAAGAUGCAGAGAGUGAUGCACAGCGGCUGCUUGCAAUACAAGACCUCUCCAAAUUGAUGCAGGCACGUCAAGCUACGUAUGCACGGUGGACUUUUGAUCGCCAUAUCACAAAGGUCAGGCUCUUGCCGCGUGAGCAACUCAAGUGGAAGCCAAGGUCGGACUUCGAAAAUUACAAUCCGCAAGAAGGCUUGGUCAUCGACUGGAGAGCGUAUGGGCAGCAUUUGCUCAUGUGUUAUGCGACACAGUACGGAGGGCAGUACAUAGGGUACGGCUCCGCUCCACCACCACCGUCAAGGCAGACUAUUCUUCCGAAUAUCGAAAGCUUUUUGAUUGCUUCUUCGCCAUUCCAAGAGCUCAUCAUGACAUCGCGGAGGGUGUAUCGUUGGGAGCAGCCUGCAACGACUGUCAAGUACUUGCUGUUAUAUUAUCUGCUCUGGUACUUCAACAUGCUGCUUCCGGGUUGUCUUGCUGUGCUCGUGUACCUCACUCUCGAGCACCGUGCUCAUGGCAACACCAUGAAAGAUCUACGUGAAGACAUCGAGCAUCGAGAGAAUCAACGUGCGACUGCCUUGUCGCUGACAGAACUGAUUGUGAAGGUAGGAGAUGAGAACUGGUCCAACGACCUUCUUGAAGGCCUGGGGCCGUGGUUCAUGAUACAGCUCGCAGAUUUGGCUAAUGUCUUCGAAAGCCUGCGCAAUUUCUACGAAUGGCGUGUUCCUCAUCGAACCAUGCGCAUCACAAUCUUUCUCGGUAUUACUACCGUCGCUACCGCCCUAGUGCCACUGUGGUUGAUGGUCAAGGCCACUACAUUUGCCAUGGGUGUAUCUUUCUUCGCUCUUUACCCGAUCGCCGUCAACUUUCCCGAGUACCGACUAUUGGUCUCACCUACCAAACGUUUGCUGUGGAACAUUCCAACACAUGCGGAAUGGGCUAUCAAGUACGUUCAAGCUGAAGGAACUCGUCUGGCUCAGCAAUCUGCUCCCGUGGCAUCUACUUCAGCAGCUCUUUCUCCUACCUUCGAUCCGGCGCACGACUAUAACAGCUACACUGCACAUCAGGAUAAGACUACUGGCCGCCUCAUCGUCAGUGCGGGAGGACUCAGAUUCGUCUCCAACAUGGGGCACAACAUCCUGUGGUCUCUCGAAUACGACGAGCUUCAGAAAGUCGAGAAAGAGGAUCGUGUCGUGCAGAUGCACAUGCCCAAGAAAUUGCAGAUAGACUCGGGUCAAGAUCUGAAGAUCGGCAGCAGAGAUGGUGAGGAGCAUCUACUCAAGCAGGUGGACCAACGCGACGAAGCAUUCUCCCAAAUCAUUGGCUUCUCAAACGUUACGUGGCAGGUUGUCUGGUAA